AUGGACAAGAAAUCGGUGCCCUGCCAGACGUUUUACCAGAUUUGCCAUGAAACAGUAGGAAGGUUUAUCCAGUAUGGCAUUCUCGUAGUGGCAGAGCAAGAUGACCAGGAAGAUAUUAGUCCUGGUCUUGCUGAGCAGCAGUGGGACAAGAAACUUCCUGAGCCUUUGUCUUGGAGAAGUGAUGAAGAAGACGAAGACAGUGAUUUUGGUGAGGAGCAGCGAGAUUGCUACCUGAAGGUGAGCCAGUCCAAGGAGCACCAGCAGUUCGUCACCUUCUUGCAGAGGCUCCUCGGGCCUUCGCUGGAGGCCUACAGCUCCGCCGCCAUCUUCAUCCACAACUUCAGUGGCCCGGUUCCCGAGCCUGAGUACCUGCAAAAGUUGCACAAAUACCUGAUCACCAGAACGGAAAGAAGUGUUGCUGUAUAUGCUGAGAGCGCCACUUACUGCCUCGUGAAGAAUGCUGUGAAAAUGUUUAAGGAUAUUGGGGUUUUCAAAGAGACCAAACAAAAGAGAGUGUCUGUUUUAGAACUCAGCAGCACGUUUCUACCUCAGUGCAACCGGCAGAAACUCCUCGAGUACAUUCUGAGUUUUGUGGUGCUGUAGGUUACUCCUGGCACCUCUGGCAAGUGGAGGGCAUUGGACGAGUCCCUCGUAGGCUCCAGCCUCUGGCUCGAGAGCUGAAGGUGCUGGCGUGUGGGCAGGCUUGGCCUGUCCUGCUGUGACGUGCUGGAAGACAAGUGCCUUCCCCUCCACGGGGCUGUGCUAACCCCUACUCCGAGAUGACACGGCAGCCUCCGCGUGACGCUUGGGGGCCCCCCGGCUUCUGCUUGCAAUGCAUCGUCAGUAGAUGACACAGUGAAAUCUCAGAAAGUUAUUCUGGAGUUUAUUAAAGAUUUCCCUUUUAAGUAUAACCGUUAAGGACUAAAUUACUGUGAUGGGCACAAAAAUGUAGAUUCAUUCUAGAACCGAAUCUUAUAAAGUAUUCUUAAUACUGUCGGAUAAUUUGUCGGUAUAUUUUCUGAUUAAUGGUUAAUGCUUCCUUUAAACAUAAUUGAAUCAUCCGUUCACUGUUUUGUUUUUGUUUUUGUUUUUUCAGUUUUAUCUUUGCCAAUAGUAGCUAAAUUUUAAAGGGGACACCUUUCAUCCCAAAGUGCUUUACAAAUGAAUGGGCUGAUCUGUAUCACACCCAGGUAUCACUGUGCUGUCCUUUGCGGUCAGAUUUAGAAAGUGUUUGAAGAGCUACAUGAAAACACAAUAUUAGUUUAGGUCAGAAAUAGAGCUAAUGUGAUCAAAAAGUCGACAUCAGGAGGUAAAUUUGGCCGGCAAAAUUCAAGGUAAACUUGGCCAGAACACUGACUUUGAACUUUUGCUCAUAUAAAAAAGUGCCAUUGAGUUUUAAAUGACCAGCAAGUAUUUAGGAACGACUCCUGUUUUAUGUCUGUACCCCUUCCCACCCCUCAGGUGGCACCUGCCUCUCCCAGGUACAGCUGUGUCUUGGAGAUUCUCCAGCCAAACAGCAACUGUCCUAACGAUUAGCUUGGCCUGAUAGACUGUGUGAGCGGAGAGUGCUGCGGCUGGAGGCUGCUGACCCAGGGCUCUCAUGUACUGUGUAUAGCUUGUGCACUGCACCCAGUCCAUGGGACUGGUGCCCGCUCAAGUUGUGUGGUCUACAACCCGUGUAGCCAUAUAUGUGGGAGCCCUGUGGACUGCUCAGUGGCUGGAGGCAGUUACGGAUUUUUAGCUGUGAGGAAAAACCAUGGUUUUUAACAAAUAUGUAUGGGUUAUAUGCCUAAACCCUGAUGUCACGUAGCGGUUAUUAUGAAAAAUUGUCUGUUCAUAAUGGGUAGGUGCCUUCUUAGGAGGAGGGAGCAUAACUGUUCAUUGUGAUAAUUACGGUGAUUUCAUAAAGAUCAUGUGAUAUUAAAGCAUUUUCUAAUAGCUUGUUGUUCCUUCUCUCCAUGGUAUUAUGGAAUUAGGAAUUUUUCCUGAUGAAUAUUGCAUAUAGACUUUGAAUUUGAAAGUACUGAGAAUUAAGUUUGUACUUUUAUAAGCUUGGACUUGAAACACUAAUGGUAGCCCAUGAAUGUGCUGUGUGUGUCGGGAGAAGGAGGGGGACUGAUCGGUAUUUCAUGUCGUAUGAAAGAUCUCGUUUGAAACUCAUAGCAAUAAUGCUGUGCUGUUGUGAGCUUUUUCUAGUCUUCUCAAAUUCCAUGUUUAAGAUCUCUCUCUUCUCUAUAGGAACUCACGUACCCUUAAGCCAUUGUCAGUGUUAUCGCGGCUCCGGCGUGGACAGGGUCUCCGCGUGGUGGCGCUCCUUGCACUCACGGGGACAGAGGAGCAGUUCUGUUGGCCGGAGCCCUGCACGUGGGGGACGUCCAGGGAGACUUCGUUAUCCCCGUGGGUGUUCCUUUUCCAGGCGGGCAGUCACUGCACGAGUCUUGCUCAUUCUCUCUCUCAAUUAUAGAUCUAGGAUUGCCCGAGCACUCUCUCAGUUACCUGGAAAGUCAAGGUUGGGACUGCCCCGCCCGUGGCUUCCGCUAAGUGCUGCUGCCGAGUCAGCCUGAGCAGGGCACGGUGGCUGCCCUGGCUUCAUCUUCCUUUCCAGUUGUUUUCUAGAAAUAUCAUCAGAUGCUUUGGGGAAUGCAAUGUAUGAUUUGCUAGCUCUCUCGCAACUUAACUCACUGUGAGAAUAAAUAUGCAUGCUUUUUGUAAUUAACUGGUGCUUUGAAAACCUUUUUUAAGGAAGAAAAAUCUCAACCAAAGUGAUGCUCAUCCAGACAAGCUGACCCGGGGUUAAUUUUAGCACAACUCAUUCUUCAGUGCCUCAUUACUGAAAAACAAAUAUAUGUCAUCACAGUCAGGCUUCCAGAUAGCACUGUUUUUGCUUAAAGAUUUAUUCUCACUGUUUUCCAAAAGCGAAUGGCUUCCGUGUAAGAUGAUACAAACUAGGUGCUUGUAAAUAAUUUACUACAGUUUACUCUCCUGCAUUUCUCUAAAACUGAAAUGCAUGCCCUCCAGGGGAAGACUGUGAGUCAAAUUAAAAAACAAAAUCCAAUAAUAAGCAAUAUGAAUCUGCACGCUUUCCAACCGAGAAUGUCCUAAGUGAUUUCAGAAAAGAGGAAGGAUUUUUUGCUCCCUUAAUUUCAAGAAAAGCAAAGGGAAGGAACUUGUGUGAGACGCAUAGAACUAGUAGUAACAGGGAAAGCACUCCCAGGUCUUCCUUCUCAGAUCUGUUCAGUCUCUCGAAGUCACGAGGAUGAGUGGAAAAAAUACAUCAGGGAUUGCCAUGAAUGUAAACUCAGAUUGUGGAACUUUUAGGCACCUGAAGGGGAAAAGCAUUUCCCAUGGUUCUCCAUGCAAUCUCUGUGCUCUGUGAGAUGUUCAUAGGUGUUUUGUAGAAGACGUGUCGCUGGUACGAUAAAUGUGUACGUGGAUCCUCUUUUUCAGAAACUCAACAGUGCACUCUGGCAUGGCGUGGGCUCAGGGCGUGCCAGUCCCAAGCCUGUUUAACCCAGCAUUUCCAAACUGUUGUCACUCUAGGACCUCUGUCCCCCUUGGUAUCCCUAUGAGCCUCUCACUAGUAUGCCAUGGAAAACAUUUUGGGAAACACUACAUUAGGUAGUUUUUUAAGGGGACAAAACAAUACGAGAUGACAUGGAGGCAGAACUUGCAUGCAUUUUGUACAAUCACCUGUUACAGUUAGUGGAUGUAUGCCCACCCCCCCGCCCCCCGAGACGAUAAGCACAGAAAACUAAUAUAGGCGGUCAGGUCUCUUUCCUUUGAUGGAGAGAUCAGCUGUCUGUGAUCCUGGGUUUUUCCCUGAAAGUAAUAAAAUUAACACAAGGAUUAACUGGGGUAAAUAAUUAAGGUUUUAAUUCAGAUCUAGAAGAAAAUACCGCACAACCGACUGCAGAUUUUUAUCCACAGAUAGUUCUAGUGUUUAGAAAUGGUAAGACCAAUCAUUGAAGUUUAUAAGACUUAAUUUGGAUGUAAAUCUGUUUUUUAAAACACUCUUUUUAGGAACUUGAGACUUGGCAUCUGGCGUUCUAGUUUAAUACAAACUAAUGAUUGCAUUUGAAAGAAUUUUGACUUUAUUUCUAAACAUCUAAAGCUCUGAAAUGCCUUGAUGGAAGGUGUUAUUUUCCUGUUGUACAAAGAAAUGUUAAAUUGUUGUAAAAAGAAUUACUAUAAAGUACUGUGAAAUAAUACUGCGUGAUUUUGUGAGCGAAACUUAUUUGGAAAUGUUGAUUGAUUUUUAUGCCUGUUAAUGUAUUGUAAGAAGCACAGAAGUGUAGUUUUGUUUUAAUAAAUCAAAAAUGAAUAUA